GCCUAUAACCGCACGCCACUUAUUACGCGUCGGCGACGAGCUCCAUGGUAGAACAAUUGCAACAAGACCACAAAUAUGUAAGAGUGGAGUGAGAAAAAACAGGAAGGUGCGAUGUGGGAAAGGACAGGUAGGUAUAAGAUUCUUCGUCCCUUACCAUCCCUCUUUCUUCCCUUUUCACUUCAUAUCUGGCCCUGUAGAGAUUAUCCUGUCAAACAGCACGUCUUUUGUUGGGUCUUGAUAUAUUCGGUGAACGCGUCAAUAUUUCCAUUCGUUUACAGUUUAUGAUCUACGAAAAUGCGCCUUAACCUUGCCUUCGCCGCAAUAGGGCUGGUUACCUAUGCCAAUUCACAAGGAUUUGGAGACAAGGGAGGCAAGGAGUCCGAGAAGGGAAGCUCCAGUGUUUCCCAUAAGACCUCAGAGAGCCCCAGUGCUUCCCAUAAGACCUCCGAGAGCUCCAGUGCUUCUAUGUCAUCCCACACUCACAGCUCUAGUGCUUCCAUGUCAUCCCACACUAGCAGCUCCAGUGUUUCCAUGUCAUCCCACACUAGCAGCUCCAGUGUUUCCAUGUCAUCGCACUCUGCCAGCUCCAGUGGUUCAACAUCUGUGCAAUCUGGUAGCUCCAGUGCUACUACGCCAUUGGCGACUGUUAGCUCCACGAUUACUAUACCUUCUGGAACCGGAAGCAGCAUCUCGAUCUCCUUGGGCACCGCGUCUAGUAUCUCAUCGGUGGCCCACGGGACGUCCACAGGCACCGUCACAGCUACCGGAACAGCCACAGGAACAGUGGGAACUGUCACAGGUUCUGCCUUCCAGGGGACCCCGUCCGCAACGAACACCCCAUUCUUCUCGCAGAAAUCAUUCGAAGCUGGUAACACUACCAGCUUCGGCGCUACGGCAACUCAAGCGUCCUCGAACCCAGCGAUCACGAAUCUACCCCUCAACACAUCGACCCCGAACGCGACAACAAUCACCCAGACGUCCUUGAACACCACAAUCGUGACUCUGUCCAGCGUUAUCCCAACUUCCCUCACGCACGGUCCAUUCUUCAACACCACAGAAGCCCCCACCGGCACCGGCGCCACCCAAAGCAGCGUCGGGCCAGGACAGACAACAGUGGGCCCCGGCUCGUCGGCAUCAGCUCCUGGAUCAUCUGCAGAAGUGCCCGGGUCAUCUGCAUCGGCUCCCGGGUCAUCGGCAUCGGCGCCCGGCUCCCAAGGGGCGUCGUCAGCAGCGACACCCGUCUUAUCCGCGGCUCCGCAGCAGUCAGAGUGCAACUGUCCCUCGGGCGGCGGAGGAGGCGGCGGCGGCGGUCAGGGAUGCAACUGUCCGACUUCAACUGGUGGUGGCGGCGCUCAGACAACCUCCCCUCCUUCCCCUAGCGGCGGCGGCGGUGGUAAUCAGACUACACCCAGUGGGGGCGGUGGUGGCCAAGAAUGCAACUGCCCAUCUGGUGGUGGCGGUGGUGGCAGCGGCGGCCAGCCAUGUAAUUGUCCCUCUUCUUGUGGUGGUGGUGGUGGUGCUCAAACAACCUCCCACCCUACCAGCGGCGGUGGUGGCAAUCAAACAAACCCUACUAGCGGCGGCGGUGGUGGUGGUGGUAGUUCUGUAUGCCCAACAUGCGCCUCUGGUGGUGGCGGCGGUGGUGGCAACCAGACAACCCCUACUGGCGGCGGCGGUGGUGGUAGUGGCAGCUCCGCCUGCCCAACCUGCUCUGGUGGUGGUGGCGGCGGUGGUGGUAGCGCAACAGCACCUCCUAGCGGCGGCGAAACAACCCCUCCUAAUCACGGCGGCAGCGGCGGCAACCAGACUACCCCUGGUGGCGGCGGCUCUUCUGGUGGUGGUUCCUCUAUUGGCGGUUCUUCUAGUGGUAGUUCCUCUAGCGGCGGCGGCGGCAACUCUACCACUGGUGGUGGUGGCGGCGGCGGCGGUAGCUCUGCAUGUCCAACCUGCGCCUCUGGUGGCGGUUCUUCUACUGGUGGUUCCUCUGGCGGCGGCGGCGGCAACUCUACCACUAGUGGUGGGGGCGGCGGCGGUAGUUCUGCAUGUCCAACCUGCGCCUCUGGUGGUGGCGGCAGUGCCAGCCCAACUGGUGGCGGCGGUGGUGCUCCUAGUGGUGGAGGUGGUACCACCCUAGGUGGUGGUAGCACUCCAGGGGGCGGCGGCGGCGGCGGCAACCCUGAGAAGGGCACUACCAAUAGCGCUGGUACGAAGUUGUCGAGCUCGGUGGCGGCGCUGUUGGUCGGUGCGGUUGCUGGGUUGGUGCUGAUGUAGAGAUAGGAAAAGGGGGGGGGUAUAGAUGAAAAGUUAAAUAGGAUACUAAUGAAGAUGUGGG